CUCCCGCUCCAGCCACUGGACCCACUGCACUGGACUGGAACCCACUGCAUUAGAAUAAAGGUGCAAGAAGAUGGCAAUGAGUGGUAAAUGGUUGGAGCAUGACUCUGAACUGCAUAUCUAUUUCGAUGACUCGUCUUUUGAACAUUUUCCAAACAUAUUAAAAGCUAGCAUUAAGUCAAACGCAUACUUCUUAGGGGAAAAGGAUCAGAAUGAUAUUAUUCACUCCAAAGUAAAGAAACUUCCAGGGAAAGAAGGACAAUCUGUUGAAAUUUUGGAUAGCAAAGAGUCUCUUCUAUGGGAAAGGGGAGAUUUUGUUGCAUAUGUGUUUCGUUUAGAGGACUUUAAGAAUACAGUUUUACACUUUGAAAUAUGUACAGACUUCUCAAGCUGCAAGGAAUUUUCUUUUCCUUAUUCAAUGCUAGAAAAGUUGUAUGGAAGUAUGAAAGUUUCACUUCAUGGCAAAAACAAUGACAAUGAAAUUGGCAGCAUAAAGUUCAACUACUUGAUUAUUAACCCAUGGAGAAGUGACUCAGUGCCCAGAGAUAGUUUGCUUGGUUUGCAACCUCAAGAAUGGCAUCCUUUUGAAGAAAAGGAAAGGCACACAUUAAAUAUAGGCCAUAGGGGAUGCGGUGUUACAAACGGGCAGCCAAUUUCGCAGGGAACACCCAUAGAGAACACAAUUGCCUCAUUCAGAACUGCAUUUGAUAAUGGUGCAGACUUCGUGGAACUUGAUGUACAAUUGUCAAAAGAUUCUGUUCCAGUUGUCUUCCAUGAUUUUUAUGCAAAUAUCCAGGCAAAGCAGUCAACAGGCUGCACAACCAAAAUGACUAUUCCAGUUAGCGAUAUGACUUUGGAGAAUAUGAGAACAUUCGAGUUUAUGUUAAAAGAUGAUAAAGGAGAUUUUCCUCAUGACAAGCCAGAGAAAGGUGUUCUGUUCCCUUCAUUGGAGGAGGUUUUCACCGAGCUACCCAAAGAUCUUGGAAUAUUUGUUGAGGCCAAAUACCCAAUGCAAAACAUAGACAAAAGUUGGGAAGCUAAUCAUUUUCCUGAUAAAUGCAAGCUGGUGGAGAAGAUACUCGAAGUGAUUUUCAAGCAUGGAAAAGAUAGGAGAAUUAUACUGGGUUCUUUCGAUCCUGGCAUUUGUAUAAUGUUUCGGCUGAAACAACCUCGCUACCGCGUUGUCUUCAUAUCAUCGUGUGAAAACGAUGUUUGGGAGCCUCUUUUUGAUGCCAGAUGUCGCUCAUGGAAUAUGGCAUUGAAUUUUGCAAAAACGGAAGGACUCUUGGGCAUUUCGGUGUUUGCAGACCCGAUCAUUGAUAGUAUCCAUGACCGCCAGCGCAUUGCCCAAAACGCCGCCUUAGAGUUGUUCACUUGGGGAUGCCCAACUGGUGCAAACACCGAGAUAAGAUGUCUGGAACUACAGAGAAGGAGCAAUAUUGCGGGCGUCAUUUACGAUAGGCUGAAUGAACUGAAGUAGCUGUGCCAGCCAAAGUAACAGCAAGGUUUGUUCAUAAAAUGGCUCUUGUGAACCGAUUGCUGUACGAUAACAUUUGCAUGAUUAGUUGCGUUGCCAACUUAGUUUGAAAGGCCUUAUACCAAAGAAUAUUGUUGAUUAAUGUGGCAGUGUUAAAACAGAAUUUAAUUUAUCCUUUAAGGAUCAAUUUCAUGUUCUCAUAGAAAACAAAAAGAGAUUUCCAGGAA